AUGAUGGAUAAUUUUUCAGUAAUAACUAUGUUUACUCUGUCAGGCUUAAGUGGGACAACAAACUACAGAGUUAUUCUCUUUGUUCUGACUUUAUUGUGUUACUGUGUGAUUUGGCUGGUAAACUUGACCAUUAUUGUGACAGUCAUUGUGGACAAAAAGCUCCAUGAGCCCAUGUAUAUCUUUCUCUGUAACCUAUGCAUCAAUGGACUGUAUGGGACAGCAGGCUUUUACCCCAAGUUCCUCAUGGAUCUUGUGUCUACCACUCACAUCAUCUCUUAUGCUGGAUGUCUUCUGCAGGGUUUUGUGUUGCACUCUUCAGCUUGUGCUGAUUUCUCUUUUCUAGUGCUCAUGGCCUACGACAGAUACGUGGCUAUAUGUCGCCCUCUGGUGUACCACACUGUGAUGACUAAACAGAGAAUUUGUGUUUUUGUGUUCUUUGCUUGGAUUUUACCCUUUUUCUUGAUACUCAUGAGCACAAUAACAACAGCAACAUCCAGGUUAUGCAGCUCACAUAUACCAAAGAUCUACUGUGUUAAUUGGUUAAUUUCUAAACUUGCUUGUUCUACCUCUGUAGCAACAAUUUUUAUUCCAGCUUUUAAUUAUACUUUUUAUUUUGGCCAUUGUGUCUUUGUUUGCUGGUCUUACAUAUACAUGAUCAGAACAUGCCUCAAAUCCAAAGAGAACAUGACUAAAUGUAUGGAGACAUGUGUACCACAUUUAUUCUCUUUAAUUGUAGUAUUAGGUUCUUUGCUUUUUGAUUUGUUGUACAUGCGAUUUGGUUCAAAAGACUUAGUACAAGGUGUCCAGAAUCUCAUGGCGAUGGAAUUUCUCAUUGUUCCUCCGAUUGUGAACCCCCUGAUUUAUGGUUUCAAAUUGACACAAAUAAGAAGAAGGAUUCAAAAUGCACUGUGCAGUAAAAAAUAA